UCUCAAAUCAGUUUGGUUUGGUGUGCGUAUUGUAACCUGAGGCGCAGAGCGCUUGGACGGGGUGUGGAUGUAACUUCAAGAAAUAAUAAACGGAAAUAACAACAUUAACACGUUACACGUCUUGUUGUGCGCGUAUUCAGUACUUUUCUUUUGUUUUGUUAUCUGUCUUGCCCGCUUUUGAUUCACGGAUUUUUCUGUCGCUUUACGGCCCGAGUCGUGUAUCCUUGACAACGCGAGCAACCGUCCUGGCGAAGUUUGGAUCAAGUGCUUUCCCCGAGACGUGGAAUAAACUUGUAUAUUUGAGCGCUCUAACCACUCGAAAUGUUCGCGGCGCCCUUUGCAGCGAUGUUUGUCGUCUUUUAAGUAGUUCAACGCGUUUGGGAAUAUUUAACCAUGCGUCGAGGGAACCGGGACAGAGCCAAACAAUAGUGAGUAAAGAGAGCUCGCUCAUCCGGGGGAGGUGGAUGCCUCGCGGCGGCUUUGUUGUGUCCUGCGUGGAGACCUUCAGCCAGUAUCGACCGAUUCCUCGACAGGGAGCCGAGCCGGGGGCACCAUGGACGGGACUCUUUCCGAGCUGCUGGCAGCCUUCUUGGAGUCGCCACUCGUGUUGUGGGUGCGAACAUUGGGUCCACUGGGGUCAUCUGACAAUGCAGGCUCGGAGGAGCGCGUCAACAUGUUCGUCGAGCUCGUGGAUGGCGUGUUCCUGCACAAGAUCAUGACGCACAUUGACCCCAGCCCCAACAACCAGAGGCUGAACAAGAACGUGAACAAUGAUGUGUCGCUUCGCCUUCACAACUUGACCCUUCUCACGAGACACAUCAGGACGUACUACCAGGAUACCCUUCAGCAGUUAAUUUUGAUGCCUCUCCCAAACAUUCUCUGCAUUGCCAGGGAUCCCUUAUCAGCAAAGAGCAUGGAGGAGCUGAAAAUAAUUUUACUGUUGAUACUUGGCUGUGCUGUCCAGUGUGAGCGUAAGGAGGAGAUGAUCGAAAGGAUCAAACUGCUGGACAUUGAGACCCAGGCAGCCAUUGUCUCUCACAUCCAGGAGGUAACCCACAAUCAACAGAAUGUUCUUGACCUUUCAUGGCUGGAGGAAGGAACAGGGCUUGCACAGGAAGAGCUCAAACCAUUGUCACGCAGCAUGGCUACAUCUCUACAGCAACUGAUUGCGCAGAGAGACAAGGCCAGUGAGGUCAUUGUAGAUCUUACCCAGGAGAGGGACUACUUGUCCAGCCUGAAUCCCCAGGAAAGACAAAUAAGUAGCCCAGAACAAGUGAACACUUCUGGAGGUCUGGUAGUGAAUAACAAAGGAUCCGCCUUGACUGUGGCCAGCCUCACCAAAGAAGAGAAGCAGCAUUUAUCUGUAGAGCUCGCUGAUACGAAGGCCAAGCUUCGCAGAUAUAGACAAGAACUGGAAGAGAAGGUUGAGCAGUUGAUGGAUUCCAAACACGAGGUGGAGCAUCUAGAUCAGGAGCUUCAGAGACUUAAACAAGAGAACCAGUCGCUGUCUUGUGAGGCUCGCUCUGUACGAGUUUAUCGGGACGAGGUUGACUCCUUGAGGGAGAAAGCGGCCCGGGUCGACCGACUAGAAACUGAGCUCACCCGAUGUAAAGAGAAACUCAAUGACGUUCACUUCUACAAGACAAGAGUGGAGGAGCUACGUGACGACAACCUGACUCUUAUGGAGACAAAGGUGUUGCUGGAGGAGCAAUUAUCAGUCUCCAGAGGGCGCUGUGAGAAAGUUCACGCUAUGGAGAAAGACAACCUGCUACUACGAGCCAAAAUAAAUGACUUGGAAAUGGAGAGAGACAAUGAACGGCGUCGGCUAGAGGAGCUGGUGGAGGAGAACAUGCUUCUGGAGAUCGGACAGAAACAGAGUAUGAACGAAUCAGCUCAUCUGGGAUGGGAACUGGAACAGCUCACCAAAAACCAAGACAAUUCUAACACAGAGACCCGGAAAUCGUUUGUCCACGAGCUCAAUGAGUGUGUCUCCAGUCGUGUUUUGAAGCUGGAGAAAGAGAACAGGGAGCUGCAAACCUCUAUUGAGAGACUAAAAGAGGAGAAUCACCAUCUGCAGGAGAAGCAGCUCCAUACCCAAGAGCUAGACCGGGAGAACCAAGGUCUCGGUAAAAAGUUGGAGCAUCUCCGGGGCUUGUUGGACCAGGAGAAAUUGACGAAUCAAGACAUGGAAUCUCUUGGAGAUGAUUUAUUGAAGGAAAAACAAAAUUUGGAAAGAGAAAUGCAUGCUUUAAGAGCAGAAAAAGACAGACAGAUUUCAGAAUUGGAGAGUGAGAAGCAACGUCUUUCUGAUGCUGUGGUGUCGCUCCGUGAGCGUGCUCAAUCUCACAGUGAAACAAGGGUCCGUGAGGUAGAGGCAGAGAAUCGCCUCCUACACCAAGGCAUUACUGACACCAGUGCCCGUUUAGCAAGUUUGGAAACUCAACUAAUGCUUUACAAAGAGGAAGCAGAGAGGCUGAGGGAGAGGGCAGCAAGAUGUGAUGAGGUAGAGAGGGAGCUGGUCAGGGUGGAGAGAAACAGGGAUGCUCUUAACAGAGAGGUGACAUCUCUACGUGCAUGCAGUGAGAGUUCAGAGUUUCUUGAGAAGCAGGUGUCCUCCCUGGAGCAGGAGGUGCACAGAUUUAAACGGGAGGCAGUGGAGGCUCAGCAAGGGCUUCAGCAACUGAAGAGACAGGAAGCUAAUAAUAGCCUCCUGACAAAAGAAAACUUGGAACUCCGCUGCUCAGUGGAAAACCUGCGCUCCUCAUCCUCUUUUCUCAUUAAACAACAGGAACAAUAUAAGGAGGCGCAGGAAAAGUUGCAAGAAAUGCAAAAGACGUCGGACGAGGUUGGAGUGGAGUUACAAGGGGAGAGGAAGAGAGGAGAGAGGCUAGAAAUGAAUGUUGCCACACUAAAUCAAGAGAAGCAUCGUUUAGAGGAGGAUAUGGAGAAGUUUAAAGAGGAAAAGGCAGAAUUAGAGCGAGAGAAGCAGCAAAUAUUGAGUAGGCAGGAAGAGCUGAGGAAGGAAGUAGAAGAUCUGAGUCAGGAGCAGAGGAGGAGAGAAGAAGGUGACAAGGAGAGAAGGAAGAUUCUGUUGGACCUGGAACAGUCUGAAAAGGGAAGGAAGCACUUGGAGAAAGAGAGUUGGAGGAAUAGAAUGCUACUGGAAGGUAAGGAAGCAGAGCUGGAAGAGAAGGCUAGUCAGUUGGCUGUGGUGGAGAAAGAGGGUGUAGAUAUGAGAAAAGAGAUUAAUAUGCUAAAGGAGGUGGCAGUCAAAGCCAAAGAGUUGGAGAGGGAGAACAAGGAGCUGAACAAACAAGCGACCAUUGACAAGAGAACUUUGGUUACACUGAGAGAGGAGUUGGUGUCAGAGAAGUUGAGAGUCCAGCAGCACAGUGUUGAGUUGGAAAGACUUAAUGAAGAACUGGAAAAGGUUGGACUGAACCGAGAAAGACUACUACAACAGGAGCACAUGCUGGAAGACAGCAAGUACAAGCUGCUUGAAUCUCGACUGGAGGAAACAGUCCAACAGGCAAUGAAGAUUAAAGAGGGGAAAAUCUCCAGUCUGGAAAAGAAACUGGAAGAGUGCAACACACACAAUGCUACACUACGUACAGAGCUAGCGAUUGCUCUUCAGAAAGUGUCUACCUUCCGUCAGCAACAGGAGAGAGAAGAAAACCACAACUCUCGUGGGUGCUCAAGAGGAGACGGGCGGAGGGAGUCAGCCACAGCUGAGCUGCUCCGUAUCAAAGAUCAUCUCAUAGAAGUAGAGAAGAAUAAUGCCUCUCUUCAGACUCAGAGCAGUUUGUUGAAGGACCAGCUGAAACAACUGGAGAAACAGAACAGUUCACUUAACAACCAGAUGGUGACACUGCAGCGACACACAACAAUGUUGCAGGAGCAGAAUUCAGCUCUCCAUACUAAGACGGCGCAACUUCAGGUGGAAAACUCCACGCUGUCUUCCCAGAGUGCAUCUCUGAUGGCUCAGAAUGCUGUGUUGCAAGGCCAAGUCACCGCCUUGGAGACUGAGGUAGAGUCAUGGCAAAGACAGCGCGAGGAGGCAUGGCGAGGAAGAGAGAGUGUUCUCAAUGACCACGAGCGUCUUCUGAGCGUUCAUGAGAGGCAAGCACAUGAGUACGAGCAGUUCAUCAGUCAACACACUGCUCUGAAAGUCAAACAGAGGACACUAGAGAGCGAACACAGAACAAUGCACAGCAAGUAUUGCACUUUGUUACAGCAAAAGGAAAAAUGGGAGGCGAUAGAAGGGCGGGGUCAGAAGGAGAGGGAGGAGCUAAACCAAGAGCACCAGAAAAAUCUGCUACUGCAGCAAGAGAAUCUCCAACUUAAAGCUGAUGUGGACAGGAUGUCACAAAGCGAAUCCCAAAAAUCAGAGCAGUGCAACGAGCUCCAUCAGCAGAUGAAUGAACUCAAGAGCUCAUUUAGCACUGCCCAGCUGGAAGUGAAUCGAUGGAUGACACGAUAUGACUCGCUCAUGGAGCAACACCAGGGCUUGGAACUCACUAUGACCAAACUAGACAACCACCGUGAGCUAUUAAGUCGCCUGAAAGGGAACCUCGAAGAAGAAAAUCAUCACCUCAUGAGUCAGAUCAACAUUCUGAAUCAGCAGAACCACGCUCUGCUGGAGAGAAGCAUGGAGAGCAAAGAGCUUUAUCAUCAGGAGCAGAAACUCUACAUUGAUAAACUGAAUGCUCUUCGUCGUCAGAAAGAGAAAUUAGAAGAGAAGAUCAUGGACCAAUACAAGUUCUAUGAGCCCACACCAAAAAAGAGAAGUCAGUGGUCUGGCACCAAAGCUUUAGCCAAACUCAUCAAACCAAGGAAGGAGAGCAGCAGGGAGCGAGGUGGCGACCGAGACAAGGAAGGUACCCAAGAGAGAGAAUGGGCAAAGAGUGCCCCCGACAUCCCCCUUCCUGCCCCCCCUCCUUUGCUCCCCCCAGAAACCCCACCCCCUGGCACUCAUAGGACAGGAAGUGACUCCCGGGACAAUGGUCACACCCACAGUAAACAUAAUAACCACAGCAACAGUCCUAUACUGGGCCUCCAGAGUCCAGCACUGACGCCUAUCAGCCGAGCUGGUUUGACUGACAGAGGACGAGAGGUCUAUCGUUGCGGCACACCAGGAGGCAGCAGUGAGAGUGUCAACGGAGGAGAUGGGCAAGCACUUACCCAUAAAGCUCUGUGUUCCACCCCGACCCAUCAGUCAUCUUCACUGGCCCUAAGCAGCUGCAGUACUCAGCUGGGACAAGGCAGCAGCUGCAGGCCCAAAGGUGUGCCCUUUGAUGAAGACACUGAGAGCAUAUGUGGUCCACGUGGCCACAUCGGAGGUCGUCCAGGAUCAGCCGACUUUAGCCACCACACCUCCAGCUCAAACUCACCGGUCAACUGCAAAGAUGUAUCUGACUGUCAUCUCCGGUCAGCCAGCCUGUCUAGCGAUGAUGUCAGGGGUCUCAGCGAAUCACAGCAGACCUUGUCCCGCAGUGCAACCCUCCCAUACGACCACGCAUCCCAGUGGGCCCAACCACAGCGUGGAGGUGGGAACAGGAGUAGUGCUCGCCCUUCAUCUCCUGGAAGUGAGUUGGUGACACUGGAGGAGUUUCUGCGAGAGAGCAAGCUGAAGUCACCACAAAUGGUUUCAACAGGAAGCAGAGAGGACUUAAUGACUGAAUACUUCACCAGAAGUCCAGCCUCCUCAGAUCCCACCAGCAGAGAUCAGCUCACCCCCACCAGCUAUGUCACGCCCACUGUACAUGCAUCCAACCAGAGGCCAGGCCAAAGUGUUAAACCAUCUUCUCGGCAGCCUGUUAGCCAAUCCCAAACCUCUGGCCGACCUCCGACCCAGAGAAUCAACCAGUCACUGAGCAGGACGUUCAGCCUGGCCUCUGCUGAUUUGCUCCGCUCUACUGGGCCCGACGGUUUUCAUGGAAAUGGCGGGUCCCCAAACCAAUCAGACGUGGCGGUUCGGCGGCAAGGAGGAGGGGCUAAUGGAAGAGAGAGGCCGCUGUCUGCCCGUUUGUCCAGCUCAACCAAUCAGCAGAGAGACAACAGCAUUCUGAACUCUCCAGUUCACCAUUUGUCUUCUCUCACGCUGCACACAGAGAGAUAUGUGGAGAGAGAGCGGGAUAGCGGACGGACUCCUGUGUCACGUAACGGCCCCUCGUCGUCGUUCCAUCACCGUGGGGAGGUUGCCAUGGUAACCCCUGUGAGGGUUGUGCCCGCUGCUCAGCUUGGUGAUGCCUUGGAACAUGGAGAGGUGUUAAGGGAGGAGCGCGCAGGUGACAUAUCUCACCAAAAGAAAGACAGUGAGAGAGUGAGAUGUAGCUCUGCGGAACGCCCAAAAAGCACACCCGCAUCCCCAGACCCCAACGACGACUCCCAGACUGUGUGGUAUGAGUACGGCUGUGUCUAAACACUGAAGCCAAUACAAGUAUUCUGUAGGGUCUGUGUCUAAAAAGAGGACCCAAAUACACUGGACCAGAGUGUAUUUUCUGGGGUUUCUGUUUGAAACUGUCAGGCCUAAAUAUCCAGCCCUUCCCAGUUUCUGGAAUGUGGUCAGUCAUGAUUAUCCUCACGAGUGAUGUUCAUCUUUAGCUGGAAGUCGGGGAAAAAGAGGCCAGAUUUGAUAAAUGGCUCCUGAGUUUAAUUGUCCCUUCAAAGGCUCACGCUUCUCUUUUGGGUCCACACUGAAACACUGUGUCAGUGUGGCAGAUUGCUGUGCCGACCCUUCUGUCAUCGUCACGAUACUGAUACUGUCAGCAAGCACACAGUCUGGACCCACGAGAGAUUCUGUUUUAGGAUGAAGAAGGCACCAAAGCUGUGACAAACUUGUGCUGUGACACGGGACGUUUAGAUAAUUAUACUGGUUUUACUUUACUUGGGCCAAUAGAACAAGAGCUUGCGCUAUUAAGUGCUUUAAGUGCACUUAAUUCAACCUGAAGCAUCUGAAAUAGUGAACAUAUCAAGUAUCCUCUUCAUCGAACACUGGAAAAGGUGAACAGAGAGUGGAAGUGAUGCAAUGGGUGUCAGGCUUGAGAGAGGCAGUGAGAACAAAUAAGUGGGAUGCUGAAAUGGAGAGAGGGCUGGGGAUGGGUAAUGUGAGGACAGCAAAAAUAAACAGGGGAGAUCCGAAGGGUUCUCAACGCGCAACACUGAUACUUCACUGGAAACCAUGCACAGCCUGAGUCAGCACGAGUUCCACUUAGGCGACGUUUCGACCAAGGAGUCCAGUGGAGUUAAACAAGCCACCAAACGGUUAACCCUUAUUCAGUUUGUAACAGCUGUGACAGAUUCAGUCUGUGAAUUCUGAGGCAUCAAACCAGUUAAAUCUGUCAAUGAAUUCAAACAGAAUUCAAACGACCCACUCAACAGAGUUUAGUGUUCUCCACCCCAAUUUAAUUUCACCUACUAUUUUUUUUUUUUUCCUGAAAUUUUCACGGGUUCUACUUUAAAUAUGUUUGAAGGUUUUGUUUUGUUUUUUUUAAGUUUUGUUUCAGCCUGUCGUCUUCCUGUCAGUCAUUUUGGAAAUGAGGAAAUUGUUGGAUGACCUUCAGAAGCAGAGCGCUGUUAUUGAAUUUCUUGCUUUGGAAGGGGAACCACCAUGAAACAUUUUCAGUGGGUUGCAAAAUGUGUAUGGAGAACCCGCAAUCAGCUACAGCACAGUAAAAAAGUGGGCGAAGAGCAAGUGGCGUGCUUUGAGUCACCCCAAGCAAAGGCGCGGCAGACCAUAUUCAGUGGUUAAUCCUAGAAAUAGUGAUGGCACUGAUCAGAGAAGAUCGUUGAGUCACCAUUGAUGACAUCACCAACAAGGGAUCACCAUUGAGGAUAUAACCCUAACCAAUCCGCAUUUUGCAACCUUUUGAAAAUGUUUAGCGGUGGUUCGUUCCCUUUCCAAAGCAAGAAAUUCAGUCACAGCUCUUUGCUUCUGAUGGGCAUCCAACAAUGAUAAUGUCAUUUCCCCCAAUAAACCUUUAAACAAGUAUUUAAACUACAAACCAUGAACAUUUCAGGGUGGAAAAAAAAUCUAUUAUUCGUUUAACUAAAUUGGGCUCAUUAGUUUUGGACUGGCCCUCGUAGGUCAUUUCGCUACACUGACUUUUAGCAGUGGAAACAAUCAUCAUAGAACCAAACUGAUACCGUACUGUACUGCUUUGCGUACACAAGGUUUUAUACACACAUAAACGUGAGGGUGUAUUGCACCUAAAUACACCGUGUUUGACAGAUUAUUCUCUUGCUAAACACGUCGAUAACAGCAAAAUACCUUAAAGUGUAGCUUUAGUUUAACGUUGUGUCCUUUUACUUUAUUUACUGAAUAUAUGCAUCUACCACCACACACAACUUAUUUUCAUAUUUUUCUUUUCAGUUUUACCCCAAGAUUUCAUCGUACAAAUUGGUAACAUUUCCUGUCUAAACCUGUACUGUGACCAGAGAAGAGUCAGUGUGUGUGUGUGUGUAUAUCUAUGUAUAAAAUAAACAUUUUCCGUUAAUUAAAAAAAAAAAAAAAAAAAAAAGUUCCUUUAGCUUGGUGGAAAUAUCUUCAAUUAACCUACCAUGCAUGUUUUGAACUGUGGGUGGAAACUGGAGAGCACGCAAACUCUACACAGGCAGGGCCGGAUUUGAACACAGUCCCUUAGAACUGUGAGGUGUGUGAUGUGCUAACGAUAUAUAUAUAUAUAUAUAUAUAUAUAUAUAUAUAUAUAUAUAUAUAGAUACACACACACACACAGACAGUGGCUACGGAAAGUUUUCAGACCCCUUAACGUUUUCACUCUUUGUUCAAUUGCAGCCAUUUGCUAAAAUCAUUUGAGCAUUUUUUCCCCCCUCAUUAAUGUACACCCAGCACCCUAUAUUGACAGAUUUUUUUACAUUUUUGCAGAUAUAUUAAAAAAGAAAAAGUGAAAUAGAACACAGGCAUAAGUAUGCAUACCCUUUGGCUGUGACACUCAUCUAUUUCAAUCGGGUGCCGUCCGGGGGAGAAGAGCCUUGGUGAGAGAGGUAAAGAAGAACCCAAAGAUCACUGCGGCUGAGCUCCAGAGAUGCAGUCGGGAGAUGGGAGAAAGUUCUAGAAAGUCAACCAUUACCGCAGCCCUACACCAAUCGGAGCAGAGUGGCCCGACGGAAGCCUCUCCUCAGUGCAAGACACAUGAAAGCCCGCAUAGAGUUUGCUAAAAAAACCUGAAGGACUCCAAGAUGGUGAGAAAUAACAUUCUCUGGUCUGAUGAGACCAAGAUACAACUUGUUGGGCUUAAUCCUAAGCAGUGUGUGUGGAGAAAACCAGGCACUGCUCAUCACCUGUCCAAUACAGUCCCAACAGUGAAGCAUGGUGGUGGAAGCAUCAUGCUGUGGCGGUGUUUUUCAGCUGCAGGGACAGGGAAACUGGUUGCAAUCAAAGGAAAGAUGAAUACGGCCGAGUACAGCGAUAUCCGGGACGAAAACCUUCUCCAGAGUGCUGAGGACCUCAGACUGGGCCGAAGGUUCACCUUCCAACAAGACAAUGACCCUAAGCACACAGCUAAAAUAACGAAGGAGUGGCUUCAGAACAACUCCGUGACUGUUCUUGAAUGGCCCAGCCAGAGCCCUGACUUAAACCCAAUUGAGCAUCUCUGGAGAGACCCGAAAAUGGCUGUCCACCAACGUUCGCCAUCCAAGCUGACAGAACUUUUUUAAAAAAAUAAAUCAGCAGAAAUUUCAACAAUUCUGUUUGUUGUGGUGCUGCGUGUACAUUAAUGAGGCAAAAAAUGAACUUAAAUGAUUUUAGCAAAUGAAUCCUUUCCUUACCCACUGUAUAUUAUCUAUAGUGCUGUCUGUUAAUAGAACUCUGACCUUCCAUCUUUUUGACAGCAAAGAGACAAAAAAGCACUCGAAAGAUGACAAGGACGAGAUGUUUACACUGGAGUUGUUAAGAUGAUGAUAUGAGGAAGCUUUCUUUCUGCUCCCCUGUGUGGGGCGUCGAGCACAUUUCUAUAUGCAAGAAACUAAAUUAUUGUGACUGUACAUACUGGAAGCCGCAGCGAUGGUGCGAUGUCUUUUUAAAGUUUGACUUAUUGUACCAAAACACAGUUGAGCUGUAAUUUAAAAAAAAAAAACCAUGUAAUUCCACUGGAGAUGUUAUUUAUAGAUUUCAAUACUUUAAAAAAUUGUAGAAUUUUGAUUAAUUAGUGGAUAAGAUAGGAAAGGAUGACAUGAGGUCACUUUUGGUGUUUUCACUUCCCAACGUUUUUACUCAAUUACAUCUGUGCAUCAGGCAGGGUGUUGGUGGGUGUCAACCAGUUUCAUUUUGCUGAUGUCAGAAGAAAAUAGCUUAAAUUCCUCCAGGCUAUUUUUAUUUUUUUAUGUUUUUUUAAACGGCCUGAAAUAACACACACUGCAUGUGUCUGGCAUUAUUACUAUUCUAUUGACUGUCUGAAAGGAAAGUGUAUUUGCGUUGCUGUCCUGUUUUAUUUUUGUUUGUCGACCAAAAUUCACCCGCGUCGCCCACAGAAGAAUUUUGCAUCUUUGGAUGAAAGACGUGAGGGUGGCGCUGAUGUCAAAGACAUUUUCUGUUGUAACUGGAAUAAAUGCUUGUGUAGUUCCCUUUUAUUAACUAAUGUUGACUGGGCUGCUGUGAUGUGACUAUUAUUAAAAGGCUAUUAGACUGCUAGAAUAGUUAAGACAAUGGCUGACGUUAUACUUCACUCUUUGGCAAUAAAAACCUUUAAACUUGA